AUGGCCAGACCCAAGGUUGACCCGAUGGAUCAGCGGAACGCACCUCUCAGGAGUCAUCCGCCCGGACCUCCCUUUCCUGAAGCCAGGGACGAGCAUGGUUCUCGUAUUGUUUUUAUUCCGCCGUGUGGAACUUUCUCUGAGAGCGACCAACGGGGCCGUUCCCAGGAACAGAACCAGGAGCAUAACCAAUCUCACAGUCCUUUCAAGCGACGAGACCAUUCUGAACUGCCUCCCAUUCAGACCAGUCUCCUGGCAGGGGUGGUUUCAGAUUCCUCGACUCGCCCUUCAGGUAAUUCGAAUUCAGGCCCUAGUGGAGAGCAGCCUUUCCUGUCCAAGCUCCUCGACAAAUCUCCAUUCCAUCCGAACAAGACCACCACUUCCGGAGAGGAAAAUAAAGGCCAUAUUCAGUCGAAGCACGAUGGUUCCCAAGAAUCCAAGGAUGAAGAGGAAUAUUACAAGUUUCGUGCCAGCUUGAGCAACAGCUUGGAGGACACUUCUCCUAUUGAACAGCAAGACGAAAGUGGACAGAGCGACAGCUUGCUAUCCGAGAAGAAAGAUCAGGUUAGACUGUUCCGUUCCAGUCUACUUGCUGGUGCCAAGGCCCAGGAAGAUCGACGCCGUUCCAAGCGCACUCCGACAUCCCCUGACCAUCCUCAAAUUGGUCCUAAUGCGGUUUCCGAAUCUGAAACGCAUGCUUCCAUCGUUAGCGAGAGCAAAGACUGCGUCAUUGGCGUUAAAGAGAACGACGACUUUUCUCUCCCGGAGACAUUGAAACCUAUGACCUCUUUCCAGGAAGAGAGCGAAGAAUCUCUGGAUUGCCUCAUUGAUGAACUGGAGGCCGAAGAUGGCAAUGAACCUGACGAUGAUGCAACCACUCUCCGAGCUGGGGAAAUUCGCCCAUUCCCUCCUUCCCUGCUGGAAACCAAGGUCGACGAGGGCCUCAACGACGCAGAGGUGACCGUUCGGCGCAAGAAGUAUGGCUGGAAUCGCAUGAAGGAGCAGAAACGGAACCAUUUCCUCAAAUUCAUCUCCUUCUUCAAUGGCCCAGUCCAGUGGGUCAUGGAGGUUACCAUUCUUCUAGCUGGCGGCCUGCAAGAUUGGAUAGAUUUCGGAAUCAUUUGUGCCCUGCUCAUACUAAAUGCCGCGGUCGGAUUUGCCCAGGAAUACCAAGCGGGGAACAUUGUCGAGAGCCUCAAGGUAACUCUUGCCCUGAGAUCUCUGGUCGUUCGUAACGGUUGCAUCGUGGAGAUAAAUGCCGAAGACCUCGUUCUUGGUGAUAUCAUUCACGUGGAAGAUGGCACCAUCAUCCCGGCAGAUGGCAGACUGGUAUGCGACAAGGCCUAUAUUCAGGUUGAUCAGUCUGGAAUCACGGGGGAAUCUCUCGCUGUGGAUAAACACAAAGGUGACCCUGUCUUUUCUUCUUCGGUAGUCAAACGCGGGGCUGGAAUCAUGGUUGUGACGGCCACUGGUGAUCACACCUUUGUCGGAAAUGCAGCGGUCCUGGUUAACAAGGCUGGCAAUAACGAUGGCCACUUUACUCGGGUACUGCGCGAAAUGGCCCGUGUUCUUCUGAUUCUGGUGCUUCUCACCCUGCUGGUUGUGUGGAUCAGCAGUUAUUAUCGCUCAAAUCCGAUUGUCCAGAUACUUGAGUUCACGGUCGCAAUCACCGUGAUCGGAGUCCCCGUCGGUCUUCCCGUGGUUGUCACCACGACAAUGGCCGUUGGUGCGUCUUACCUGGCCAAGCAUCAGGCUAUUGUGCAAAAGCUCUCAGCUAUCGAGUCAUUGGCUGGAGUGGAGAUCCUCUGUUCAGACAAAACGGGAACACUCACUCGUAACAGAUUGAAAUUGGGAGUUCCAUAUGUAACCCCCGGAAUGAGUGCGGAAGAGCUUAUGCUGACUGCGUGUCUUGCGGCAACUCGGAAAAAGGGCGGCGUCGAUGCCAUCGACAAGGUAUUCCUCAAAGGUCUUCGCCACUACCCGUGGGCCAAAUCUCAGAUCGCCUCGUACAAGACUCUUGACUUUUCUCCAUUUGAUCCGGUGUCAAAGAAGGUCACUGCCUAUGUGCAAGCUCUGGAUGGUGAGAAGGUCCUUUGUGUCAAGGGUGCUCCUAUGACCAUCCUGAGAACAGUGGAGAAGGAAACCACAUUGUGCGAGCCGUUCUUCAAGGAAUAUGAGGAUAAGGUCACCGAGUUUGCUAGUCGAGGAUUUCGUGCACUCGGAGUUGCCCGCAAGCGUCAAGGACGGCCAUGGGAGAUUCUGGGAAUCAUGCCAUGCCUGGAUCCCCCACGCCAUGACACUGCUAAGACACUUGCCGAAGCUCAAGAACUGGGACUCUCUGUCAAGAUGCUCACUGGGGAUGCGGUGGCCAUUGCACGUGAAACGGCACGUAGACUCGGUCUCGGAACCAACAUUUACAAUGCCGAACGACUUGGUGUCACUGGCGCCGGCUCCAUGUCCGGCUCGGAAGUGAAUGACUUUGUUGAGGCCGCUGACGGCUUCGCAGAAGUCUACCCCCAGCACAAGUACAGUGUAGUUGAGAUUCUCCAGCGACGCGGCUAUCUGGUGGCGAUGACUGGCGAUGGUGUGAACGAUGCUGCUUCGUUGAAAAAGGCGGACACGGGAAUUGCGGUAGAGGGCGCGUCGGAUGCGGCCCGCUCCGCUGCUGACAUUGUCUUCUUGGCACCCGGUCUGUCCGCAAUCAUCGAGGCGAUCAAGAUCGCUCGGCAGAUCUUCCACCGCAUGUACUCAUAUGUGGUGUUCCGGAUCGCCCUGUCCAUUCACUUGGAGAUCUUCCUCGGGCUCUGGAUGGUGAUCAAGAAUGAGACCCUCGACCUCCGCCUGAUUGUUCUUCUCGCUAUCUUUGCCGACAUUGCGACCUUGGCCAUUGCAUAUGACAACGCUACUUAUUCGCAGUCCCCUGUCAAAUGGAACCAGCCAAGGCUCUGGGGUGAGUCAAUUGUCCUGGGCUUCAUUCUCGCAGUCGGUACCUGGGUGACUCUGGGCACUAUUCUGUUGCAAGGCGAGGACGGCGGUGUUAUCGAAGGCUGGGGUUCACGAGAUGAGGUCUUGUUCCUGGAGAUUGCUCUGACUCAGAGCUGGUUGAUUAUGAUAACUCGCAUCAGUGGAUCUAAAUCGAGAUCGUUCUGGGCAAACUGCCCAUCAUUUUACCUUAUCGUCGCCGUGGGUGCUGUCGAUCUGACCGCAACCUUGAUGGCCGCAUAUGGUGCCUUCGGUCAAGCCACAUCCUGGUUGACCGUCCUCCGUGUGUGGAUUCUCUCCUCUGGUGUGACAUGUGUAAACACACUGGCUUACAUCUUGAUGCAUAACUCGCAAAGGUUCGACAACCUUAUGCAUGGGAAAAGUCCUCGAAAGAAGUACGGAGAGCGCUCGUGGGAAGACUUCGGCCUUAACAUGCAGCGAAUGGCCAAACAACAUGAGAAGACCACUUAG